ACUUUACUCCUACUCGGGCUUCCGGACGCCAAGACAGACCUCUACCGCCGAAUUUAAAGAGACAGUCAAUAGUUAUUUAAAAUAAGACAAUCUGCAACCAUUGUCUCUAAGGUUGUUUUCGGAGCCUUCGUUUUUCGGGGCUCGAUAUCGGCUAUUAUUUUUUCGCGAUAAUGACGUUCCAUCAAAGUCGCAUCGAGUAGUAGCGUGAUUGACAUUAACCUCCAUUCUGGUGGAUUUUCCGUCUUUACGUUGUGCGGAGACUGUCCAGCUAAGCAAGUAGCGUUAAACGUUGCUUGCAGGCUGGCUCCCCGGCCAAAGGGGAGAUUUGUCGGCUAGCCAACAACUGGAGAUAGACCAAAGCUUCCUUCUUGUCAAGUUGUGGUAACAGUUAGUGGCUUUAAGCCUCCUGUCGCCGGGAUAAUGGCGAAGAUACAGGCACAUAGCAACACGAAGCAAAUAAACCAAAUUCAAGACAAGCCUUACGUUGUGACACAAAAGCAAGUGCAACAACAACACUUCCAAAAACUGAAGGUUGAAGAUGCCUUGUCAUAUUUGGACCAAGUCAAAAUACGAUUUGGAAAUGACCCUGGAAUAUACAACAAGUUUCUCGACAUCAUGAAGGAGUUCAAAUCACAGAGCAUCGAUACACCGGGGGUGAUAAAUCGUGUGUCACAGCUCUUCCAUGGGCACCCAGACCUGGUCUUGGGCUUCAAUGCCUUCCUACCACCUGGGUAUCGGAUAGAGAUCCCCAAGAACGGCAUGGUUUUCCUGCAGUCUCCCUUCUCGACCCAGGCUACCCAGCAUGGAAAGGCCAUCUCCAGUCCCACGUCCGCCACCCCAUCUGGCAGUACCUCGGCAGCCCACACCGAGGCAGGCUCUACCCAGGGCACGGACGCCACGGUGGCCCCAUCGGACACCUUGACCUCCUCGACCGCCGCCGCCGCUACCAACACCACCACCUCCUCCUCCUCCUCCACCGCCGCCGCCGCAGCCACCACUCCAGACACCCCCAGCCGACUCUCCCUCCCGCUGGCUGGCAGAGACGGCCAGAGCCAAGCGUCCGCCACCUCGGCGUCGCCCCCUGCCUCAGAAGCUAGCCCCGUCGAGUUUGACAGCGCCAUUAGCUACGUCAACAAGAUCAAGAACCGCUUCCUGGACCACCCGGAGAUCUACCGGUCCUUCCUGGAGAUCCUGCAUACAUACCAGGUAUUGACAGCUACGAAGGAGCAGCUGGAGGUGAAGGAGGGGCGGGGUAACCGGGUCACCAGCGGGAUGACGGAGGAUGAAGUGUUCUCCAAGGUGGCCAGCCUCUUCAAGGGCCAGGAGGAUCUGCUGGCCGAGUUCGGACAGUUCUUACCGGACGCCAAGAGAUCUCUGUUUACAGGAAGCUCCCUAACCGGGGGGAAGGAGCCUCUGAAGAGGCCAGAUGAAGACGACAUGAUGAGCAAACAGAGCAAAAAGAGGCCGAGGCCCAUGCUGCUGACGCACAUGACCCCGCUGCUCAAGAAAAAGAUGAAGUAUUCAUGUACCAAAGAUCAGUCCUUUGCCUCGGUUGGAAAACAUGGAGUCUUGCGCGAGUUCACUUUCUUUGAUAAGGUUCGCCGCCUGUUCAAGAGCCAGGAAGUGUACGAGAACUUCCUGCGCUGCAUCGCCUUGUUCAACCAGGAAGUGGUCUCGGGAGCCGAGCUGCUGCAACUGGUCACUCCGUUCUUGGGGAAGUUUCCGGAACUCUACAGCCAGUUCAAGUCCUUCCUCGGGGACAAAGAGCUCGCUCACGGCCCAUCAGGCCUGUCCGAUCGCUACAUGGAAGGGGGGGGGGGCCGCGAGGUGGACUACGCCUCCUGCAAACGCCUGGGCUCCAGCUACCGGGCGCUGCCCAAGACCUACCAGCAGCCCAAAUGUAGUGGGCGCACUGCCAUCUGCAAGGAGGUGCUGAACGACACCUGGGUAUCGUUCCCCUCCUGGUCUGAGGACUCCACCUUCGUCAGCUCCAAGAAGACGCCCUAUGAGGAGCAAUUGCACCGCUGCGAAGACGAGAGGUUUGAGCUGGACGUGGUCCUCGAAACCAACCUGGCCACCAUCCGGGUGUUGGAGAGUGUCCAGAAGAAGCUGACGCGCCUGUCUCCCGAGGACCAGGACCGCUUCCGGCUGGACGACUGCCUGGGGGGCACGUCGGAGGUGAUCCAGCGCCGGGCCGUGUACCGCAUCUACGGGGACAAGGCCCCGGAGAUCAUCGAGGGGCUGAAGAGGAGCCCCAUCACCGCCGUGCCUGUGGUCCUGAAAAGGUUGAAAGCCAAGGAGGAGGAGUGGAGAGAGGCUCAGCAAGGCUUCAACAAGAUCUGGAGGGAGCAGUACGAGAAGGCCUACCUCAAGUCCCUGGACCACCAGGGGGUCAACUUCAAGCAGAACGACAUGAAGGCCCUUCGCUCAAAGAGCCUUCUGAACGAGAUCGAGAGUGUUUAUGACGAGCGUCAGGAGCAGAGCACGGAGGAGGGGGGCGUCGGCCAGCAGGGCCGCAACGGCUCGGGCGCCGCCCUGGCCAGCGAGCCGCACAUGGUGUUCACCUACGAGGACAAGCAGAUCCUGGAGGACGCGGCGGCGCUCAUCAUCUACCACGUCAAGCGGCAGCCCGCCAUCCACAAGGACGAGAAGGAGCACAUCAAGCGCAUCAUCCAGCACUUUGUCCCCGACCUGUUCUUCGCCCGCCGCGGCGAGCUCAGCGACACCGAGGACUGGACGGACGAGGAGGCCGACGCGGAGGAAGCAGCGGCGGCCGGCGAGCGAGGCGCCGGGGAUAGAGGAGGCGCGGGCCUCGGGCACCUCGGUGCCGCGGUCGCCCCUGCGGCGGCGGCAGCGGGCGGAGGGGCCCUGGCCCCCGGUGGCCAGACCCUGGCGGCCCAGCCCCAGCAGCUCAACGGGGAGUCCCGGCGGAGACGCUGCAGCCCCUCCCAGCCCACCGACGGCGAGCCCUCCCCCAGCCUCACCCCCACCGCCAGCGGCGCGGCACCCACUGCGGGAGGCGUCCCGUGCGCCGCCUCCACCUCCCCCACCCCCACCUCGACUACAGCCACCCCCACCACCACCACCACGGACCCCAGCGACCCCUCCCCCAUGGAGACCGCCGCGGCACCACCGCCGCCGCCGCCGCCGGCGGAGAAGGUGGACCUGCGGGACCCCGAGGCGGAGCACCAGAAGGAGCUGGACGGCGUGUACAACCUGUUCUUCGUCAACAACAACUGGUACUUCUUCCUGCGGCUGCACCAGACGCUGUGCUCGCGGCUGCUGCGCGUGUACCAGCAGGCGGAGCGGCAGCUGCUGGCGCACCGCGCCGAGCAGAGUCGCGAGAGGCUGCUGCUGGCCGAGGGCCGGCGGGACAAGGCCUGCGACCUGGCCAUGGAGCUGCGCCUCAAACAGCCCAGUGAGGUGGAGCUGGAGGAGUACUACCCGGCCUUCCUGGAUAUGGUGCGCAGCUUGCUGGACGGCAACCUGGAGUCCAGCCAGUACGAGGACACGCUGAGGGAGAUGUUUACCAUCCACGCCUACAUUGGCUUCACCAUCGACAAGCUCAUCCACAACAUCAUCCGUCAGCUGCAGCACCUGGUGAGCGACGAGGUGUGUCUGCAGGUGGCAGACCUGUACCUGGCAGAGAGGAAGAGGGGGGCUGCGGGGGGGAACCUGUCCUCCCAGUGUGUCCGGUCGGCCUGGGAGACCAGCUUCCAGUGGAAGGCCGAGAGAGUCAUGGCCGAGGAGAACUGUUUUAAGGUGAUGUUCGUCCAGGACAAGGGCCACGUCUCCAUGAGUGUGGAGCUCCUGGACACUGAGGAGGCCCAGGCGGACGACCCGCUAGACGUACAGUGCCUCUCCAGCUACAUGGAGCAGUUUGUGGGAGCCGAGUCCAGCCUGUGUUCUCAGGCCGACGGCUACUUCUUCAAGCCUGUCUUCCUGCCGAGGAAUCUGCGGCACUUCCGGCGCUGGCAGGUGCGGCAGGUGGAGGCCAUGCGCUGCCGGAGGGAGUGGCACCGGCAGCUGGGCGUGGAGAACGCCGGCAGCCUGGACUGCCGCUUCAAGCUCAACACCCACAAGAUGGUGUUCGUCAUGAACUCGGAGGACUACAUGUACCGCCGGGGGGCCCUCGUCAAGGCCAGGAUGUCGCAGCACAAAGUGGCGGUCACCCAGCACGAGCGCUUCGACAAGUGGCACCAGGGCUGGUUGGCCAAUCACGUGAGCCCGUCGGCGGAGCGCUCGGUCCAGCGCUGGCUGAUGGGGGAGGACGAGGAGGACAUGAUCCCCUGCAAGACCCUGCUGGUGGCCACGGAGCUGAAGGGCCAGGCGGUCAACAGGUACCAGGUGCACUACAGCGGGAGCAAACCCCCAGCCUCGCCCUGAGGAACCCCCAGGGGGAGAGACGGGACGUACAGUACAUGACAACAUCAGCACACGGACACACACACACACACACCCACCCACGCACGCACACACACACACACAUGGGAAGGACUGCAUGGAGCGCACAUUCUUACACUACGAACAGACCUAAACACUCGCAGGCGGCGUUCUCGAGCCUACCUCCGCAAGGCGUUCACUCAUUCACCUCCCCGCACUCCCACUCUCCCCCCUCCUCCCCCCCCUGAGGAAGAGGAGAGAAUUACAAUGUAAUUCCUCCCGAGACGCACGACGGACUCACCGACCGCAGAUGGCGUCCUUCGACAAGGUAGCCCCCCCCCCCCACCCCCCCCUCUUGUAGCCCCAGUAACACCACCAGUCCCUCGUGGGAGUGGGAGUCCGUGAAUGAGUGCACAGCCGACAGGGGCCAGUGGAGAGUGAGAACGGGAGAACCAAUGGGAGAGCCUCCCAGCCUGGGUGAACUUUGCCCUUACCGGUCUCUUGUGCCGGGUGUGCAGACCCCCGCCGCCGUCCCUCUACCCGGGUGCGGUGGGACAGCACACAGAAGCUCUUCACCACCAUCCACACAUGGAAGACCGUCCUCCCUUCUCUGGCGGCAAUCAGUACUACAAGCUGUCUGGACUGAUGGACACACAGACAGUGGAGAGAUUAGGAGAAGAAAAAAAAUGAAGAAGAAAAGAAAAAUCAUGGAGUUUGUUUUGGAAAUGUGAAUGUCUUUUUCUUUACUCUAUUUUUUCUUUUCUUUUUUAAGUCCAUCGUAGUUUUUAGCUUCAACGCCAGAGAGCCUUUUGCUUGUCGGAUGGUCGGUUUAUGUGUGUUUAUACAGAGAGAUACGGUUAAUGUGUGUACGUAUGUGUCCAGCUCUUUUCAUUUCGUCUCUUUGUAUGCACAGUACAAAGUGGACGACUCUAGUAAUUGCAGUAUUGCUGUAUGUGCAUAGAUACAACAGUGAUUCUGUAUUUUAUAAGUGCAUUUACAUGGGUAUGUUGAUCGAUGCAUCUAAAGAUUAUAUGGUUCUUACGGUGUUUGCUGUCAGCCAGCUCUUGAUGUUUUCAUUUGGUUUAUUAUUUUUGUUUGUGGUUUUCUUUUCUCCUUUUUUUUGUGUAGUAGCGAAUCUAAACAAGUUAUCUAGGGUGACAAUAAGUCCUUAAAAAAAUUGGUUCAAAUGGUAUGAAACAUCCAAAUUAUGUAUCAUAGUCUUGAUUUCACCAAAAUGUUUACUUUACUUUGUCUUCUUUUUGCAUACUGACAUUGAAAAUAAAAGCAAGAUAUCAGUGUUAAAAAAAGAAUGUAUAACAUUUAUCCUGUAUCAGUUAUCAUGAAAUAAACAACGUAGUUGUGACCUUCUUAAA